GACAGUCGUACUUAUUUAUUUGUUGAUAGUGCAGUCAGUAAUAUUGUUUAUUUUUCGAUUUUAUCACAAAAACUGUUGAAAAAUGAUGAACUCAAUGGGUAUGCAUAUGCAACAGUCUGGUGUGGGGCCCGGUGGCCCAGGCGGUUCUGUGGGCAUAGCCGGUCCUGUCGGAGUGUCGCCGGUUAUGAUGCAGUCUCCUCAAAUGCAGCAGCAACAAGCGGCUCAACAGCAGCAGCAGCAACAACAACAACAGCAAGCACAAUCACAGCAACAACAAGCUCAACAGACCGAGAAAGUGGAUAACAUUUCAAAGGUAAAAGGAUUGGUCGGGCCCUUGCGAGAUGCGCUGUCCACAACGAUCAAAACAGCCGCCCAGUUGCUACAACAGAACAAUCUCAACGACGCCGGAACAAAAGGAAGUGAUAUGAGUGCAAGCACACCUAGGUUUGAUAAGCAUCUGGAGGAAUUCUAUUCUAUUUGUGAUCAAAUUGAGCUGAAUCUUAAAACCGCCAAAUUAUGCAUGCAGCAAGGAGCAUCCUCACAGCAAUAUCUUCCCAUUCCAGUAGCCCCUACACCAAACCCUGCGGAGACGAACGCACUGUCAUAUAGUCAAUAUUUGGACGUGGUCAAAAUUCAAAUCGGCUACGCAAAAGAUAUUCACGAUACCCUGAUUUGUGCGGCUGCAAAUAUGCAACCUUCUGAAUGAUAGUACUGAAAGAUACAAUUUAUCACUGGUAUGAUACUUUAUCAAAUACGAAAAAGAAAAUCGUUUGAAAUCUUGUAUCUUUAUUUAAGAUGGCCACUAGAACUAAGCACUACAAAAUAAGUUAAUAAAAAUUAAAAUAUUCACUUUUCA